GAAGUCAACUAAAGAACGGCUACAGGGUUUUAACUGCUGAUACUACUAGACCAGAACUCUGUCCGCUCAGAUUCCAAGUCACUCGGCACCAACACACGGGUCUACACGGGUCUACACACGGGUCUACACACACCACGCCAUGAUGAGGCUGAUGCUCGUCUUCCUCGCUGUCUUCACCAGCUCGGGUCAUGGGUUCCUCGUGGACGACCCCGACCCGACCCCACCCCCCAUGGAGUGGUGGAAGCAGACGGUCAUCUACCAGAUCUACCCCAGGUCAUUCAAGGACUCCGACGGUGACGGCGUCGGCGACCUUCAAGGCAUCAUCUCCCAGCUGCCUUACUUCAAGUACGUGGGGGUGGAGACCCUUUGGAUCAGUCCAUUUUACAAGUCACCCCAGAAAGAUUUUGGUUACGACAUCAGCGAUCAAAAAGAUGUCGACCCCAUUUUUGGUGACAUACAUGACUUUAGGACUUUGGUGGCAGAGGCCAAGAAACUGGGUCUGAGGAUCUUGUGUGACUUUGUGCCGAACCACACCAGCGAUAUGCAUGAAUGGUUCCAGAGAAGUCUGAAGCGUGACGGCAAGUACACGGACUUUUACAUCUGGCACGACGGCAAGCUGGCGGCAAACGGCACGAGACUGCCGCCUAACAACUGGCUCAGCAACUUCGGCGGCUCCGCCUGGACGUGGCGCGAGGAGCGACAACAAUUUUUCUUCCACCAAUUUCUGCCGGAACAGCCGGACCUCAACUACAGGAACCCAGAGGUCAGGGAGGAAGUUAUGCUGAUCAUCCGCUACUGGUUGGACCAGGGAAUAGACGGGAUCAGGAUGGACGCCAUCUCUAGCCUGUACGAGGCCCAGAACUUGACAGACAACCCACCCUCGGGCAAACCUGUGCCAGCGGACGACUGGUUCUCGCUGAUCCCCCAGUACACUGACCUACAGCCGGAGCUUAAAGACGAGCUGAUCCGUUGGCAGAGCGUGUUUGACAGCUUGGAUAAACUCGACGGGAAAGAAAGGUUUAUGGUGCUGGAGGUGUAUACCAACUCAGACGAGCGGGCCAAGAUGGCGGAGUUUGGUGCCCACCCCUUCAACAUGGACAUGGUCGACAGUCUGCAGGUGCCGCUCUCUGGCAGGCAGAUCAUGGCCUUCAUCGCGCCGGAGUACAAGAACAAACCGGCGGCCUAUUGGCCAAGUUUUGUGGUCGGCAACCACGACCGUAAGAGGGUGGCCAACAAAUAUGGCCGGCAACUGAUCAACGCCUUCAACCUGCUGUUGAUGACGCUGAAGGGCACGCCCACAACUUACUACGGCGAGGAGAUCGGCAUGGAGGAGAUAACUCUCACAUAUGAGCAAUCUCAGGACCCGUGGGCCAUCAACGCUGGCCCGGACCGCUACUUGAGUGUGUCCAGAGACCUGGUCCGGUCCCCCAUGCAGUGGUCAGCAGACAGCCAGGCCGGGUUUACCAACGGCUCGAAGCCCUGGCUGCCUGUACAGGACAACUACACUCUCAUCAACGUAGAGACUGAGAAAGCUGACCCCCAGUCCCACCUGAACCUGUACAAAGAGUACGUCGCCCUCAGACAACUGGACGCCUUCAAGUUUGGCGACAUCAACGUCGAUGUGGUCACCAACGACAACAUCCUGUCCUACACCAGAUCUUUCGGGUCCGCGCGUUACCUAGUGGCCAUCAACUUCGGCCAAAGUCCGUCAACAGACGACUACAGCGUCGUCAACUCGGCCUCUGGCACUGUGGUCAGCAACACCGGAAACGUCGACACGUCACUCAGCAAGGGGUCAGGGGUCACGCUCAGCCAGUUGACCUUGAACCCUGGAGAUGGUGUCGUCAUCAAGUUAUAAAUUUGUCACAACUUUUUUUAAAAUUAUCAUUUUAAAAUGUCAUUAAACAAUUUCCAUCUA